AUGGGAUCACUCUCCUGGGAAGAAAGGGUCAUACGUGUUUAUGGAAGAUUUCUCUCGAACCUAUGUUUCGCGGACGACACCGUCCUCUUUUCGAGCAGUACCAAAGAAGCAGAAACGAUGCUCAACGAAUUGAACGAAGCAGGGAAGAGAGUAGGACUGGAAAUAAACAGAAAGAAGACACAGUUUAUAAAGAACGCCUACUGCGAGGACGGAGGAAUACAACUUGAAGGCCACCAAAUCGUGAAAACUUCUUCAUACGCAUACCACGGACGUUCUAUGGAAAUGGAAAAUGACUUGAAGGAAGAACUGAAUAUUAGAAUGAGAGCAGCAUGGGCAGCAUUCGCAGAAGAAUGGACGUUAGAAGGACUAAAAAAACGCUAG